CUGUUGAACAGGAAGGUGUAGGAGGGGUUUGGACGAUGGGUGGGGUGUUGACGUGGGUCAGUCACCCUCUCUCUGUUGGAUGCUCCCCUGCAGGACCCUGCUGACCGCAGCCCCAGGGGGAUCCCGGUUCCCGCUCCAGCGCCGGACCCGGCCGGUUGUAGCUCGCAGGGACCCACGGGUGGGACGGGGCGACAGCCCCCCUCGACAGCUCCUGGCCGCAGCCCCAGCCCUCGCCAUCAGCAGCAAGUUCCCCUUCCUGGGGCGUUGGAGGAGGUGAGCGAGUGGUGGGGUGUCGCAAGACGCCUCGCCGGAUAGAGAAGGAAGGACGGGGGCUUGAUACUGACCGAUGUCCCAGAGAAGAAAUCACACUGCCUGUUGUUAACUCAGCUGGUGCCCGACUGGGAGAGGGGCAGAGAGAGUAAAAUAGGACAGAGAAACAGAGAGAUUGAGACAUUGGCAAAAGAAAAAAAAGCAGGAGAUUAGAGAGCAGAUCGCAAUAGAGAGAGAAGUAGAGGGGGGAGAGUGAGAGAGAGGACAGGAGACAGGGAGUGAGAGGGGUAGAGAGUGACAGAUUGGUCUGGGCCCUGCCCCCACCCGUGUGACCUUUGCACCAAGGAAGGGAGCGUUGAGCCCCACACGGGACAGGGCACGAGGGCAGGGGACAAAAUGUCCACCUCCGAGCCCCACCUAUACAACUGCAGCCGGGGGCCUGGGACACCCCAGCAUCCCUUUGGGACGAGGGGCGAGGCAGGGCUGGGCGAGGCCGAGGCCUCCAUCGACUUGGCGGGCUACGUGAUGGAGGGCAGCGAGGAGUUCCUGUCCGACCUCUUCUCCAAGCAGGAGCGGCUGAAGGCUGAGGUCCCCCCCUUCCACUACCCAUUCUCCUCAGCCCCUCAGCCCUACUACGCCCAGCCCUACGGUGCCGAGCGCAAGGCAGGGGGACGCUUGGCCUACGAAGCAGGCCCACCCCCCGUGAAGGAGGAGCCGGCUGACGGGGGUGCACACAGCCUGACGCCGGCCUACCAGGCCCUGCACUACCAGGUGACCCAUGUGGGGCAGACCAAUGUACAACUAGGCCCAGGAUCCAUGAUGGGCCAUUCAGCCAACCGGCUUUACAAGGCUCCGGUGUCGGUCGGCAGCGCGGUGGGUCCCUGUCCCCCGGGCCUGCGGGAGCGCUUGCCGCUCGGCGGUAAGACGAAGAAGGCGGUGAACAAGGACAGCAUGGAGUACCGUCUCCGUCGGGAGCGCAACAACAUCGCGGUGCGUAAGAGCCGCGACAAGGCCAAGCGCAGGAACCUGGAGACGCAGCAGAAAGCGCUGGAGUUCAUGUCGGAGAACGAGCGGCUGCGGAGCCGGGUCGAGCAGCUGACCCAGGAACUGGAGACCCUGCGCGGUCUCUUCCGCCAGCUGCCCGAGGCUGGGGCAACCCAUUCCCGGCCCUAGGCUCCGCCGGAGCAGGGGCGCAGGGCGGGGAAGGGGUGGGUGGGUUUAUCCGGGUCGGGGUUCCCCCGAGGGGUGUUUGCGAGCUGCUGGGGUGGGUGGGUGGGGGUCCCCCGGCAGCCGGGACGGGGCCCCCUCCUGGGUUUUGGUGGACGAGGUGCGAUUUAAAUGUGAUAUAGCUUCGGUGGGGUUCGGGAGUUCGAACGGUUUUUCAUUUGUGGUGCUGCGGUUCGGUAGGAUGAUAUUUGGAUAACGAUUGACACAC